AUGGGGCGAAGGAAGAGACCACAGGCAGCACCAACACAAGAACAACCAGUGGUAUAUGCAUCAGUUAACAACAAAUCUGUUCCUCCUCCCAUUCCUCCUCCAGCUGCUCCUCAUAAAGUAUUGUAUGCUGAUCUAUCAAUAGCAGCUGGUAAGAGAACACCAAAGAAUAAACCACCCACUGAGGAAAGAGUAGUCCAUGCAGCAGUCAAUGGAAAUAGGAAGUUCACUACUCAAGAGCUGAUCAUGGAUAGGUUAGGUGGUCUGGACAUUCCUCCUCCAAUACCACCAAAACCAAAACCUUGAAACCAACACAAAGACAUCAAUCCUCCCUGUCUCCAGUAGUAUAGAAUGGACAUACUUUAGUAUAAUGUAUUGUGAAACAAUUAACUCUAUCUUGUAUUCUCUCUCUCUGUCUUU